ACUUCACUUUUUGCGCGCUUCACUGUUCAAAAUAAUAUUUUAUAUAUUUGUGUUAUAAUAGAGACUAGAGACCCUCAAAUGUAACUGGAUUUCCUAUAAACGAAUACUACACGAGGCAUAAAGGUAACGACUUGUACAACCUGUACGCGCGCUACAUGUACACCAGCGUGUGUAUUCGGCCUGCAGUGUCGCUAGCUUCACACUGUGCGUUGUGUGAUCAUGUGAGUGUGUACGAGCAGGAGCUGCUCUCUCGCCUCACCGGUUUACCGGCAAGCAAAACUAUAAGCUCAUGAUAUUAAGGGGGUCUUUAUUUCUUUGGGGGGGAUUUUGCGAUAUUAAUCCACAGGGCAUUCUGUUUGUUAUUGUGGAAUGAGCGAGGAGAAAAGCCCGGACAGGAGAAACUCUGGGUGCACCAGUGUUCUCAGUAUAGAGCAAAUGCUGGCUGUGAAUCCUGGGAAGACGCCCAUCAGUCUGCUGCAGGAGUAUGGAACGCGGAUAGGCAAGACACCGGUGUAUGACCUGCUGAAGGCCGAAGGUCAGGCCCACCAGCCCAACUUCACCUUCCGCGUGUCUGUGGGAGAGAUUAGCUGCACAGGCCAGGGCCCCAGCAAGAAAGCUGCUAAACACAAGGCCGCUGAAGCUGCUCUCAAGAUGCUGAAAGGGGGGAUGCUGGAGGCGUUAAAGGGCAGUGUGAUAGAGGGAGAAAACUUUGAAGACAUAGACAUCCCCUUGGAGGGAGACUGCUCCCAGUCAGAGAUUAAGUUAUCCAGUUCUAGCCAACAAGCUGAAUGCAAUCCAGUUGGAGCUCUGCAAGAACUGGUGGUGCAGAAAGGUUGGCGUUUACCAGAAUACACAGUCACACAAGAGUCUGGGCCAGCACAUCGCAAAGAGUUCACAAUGACGUGCAAAGUAGAGAAAUUUGUUGAGAUUGGUAGUGGUACAUCAAAAAAGCUUGCCAAGAGGAAUGCAGCGGCAAAGAUGCUUUCACGGAUCCACGAUGUUCCUGUAGACAUGCGCAGUAGCCAUGAAGCAGAGGUGGAGGAUGAUACCUUUAACAUGCACAUAGGUGGCAGGCUAGAGGGAGGGAAAUGCAAGGGUUUUGGAUGUACAUGGGAUUCUUUGCGCAACUCAGCAGGAGAAAAGAUACUGCAGCUGCGUAGUCACCCCCUGGGCCUGCCCAACUCCAACUUUUGCUCUUUGCUUCAAGAUCUGUCUGAAGAGCAGCGCUUUGAAGUCAGCUAUUUGGAUAUAGAGGAACGCAGUCUGAGUGGCCUGCACCAGUGUCUUGUGGAAUUGUCCACGCAGCCUAUUACUGUGUGUCAUGGAUUCGCCCCUAGUCAGGAUGAAGCAAGGGCCAGUGCAGCACACAACGCACUCCAAUACCUCAAGAUCAUGGCCGGGGGAAAGUGAUCGUGUGCUCUUUAUCAGAAACAUGGGCUUAGAGACAACAGCACUGUCAACUACAGUACUGUAAACUGGGGGCUUACUGAAGGUUAUAGGCUCAUCAUGUUGGCAAACCAUUCUUCAUGCCCCAAAGACACUUGACUUUUCUCCAUGAGCUCUAAUGAAAGAUGAACUGAUGAAGUCUUUUGUAUCCAAAAAUGUUUGUGGACUGAUUUUUAUUGAGGGCCUUGUUUUGUUGGCCUUGGUAAGUUGACCUUUUAAAACGUAACAUUUCCCUAGAUUAAUUUUGUAUUUUAACAAAAACUUAAAAAAAAAAAAAAAAAGUACAUCAAGUCUACCUCCAUCUUUCUUUAUUUGAUUGUUGGAUUCACAUGUUGCAAAAUUGCCCUUUCCCUUUAUGAUCAAUUAUGAUAUUGUACAAGAUCAUGUGCUGUAUAUUACAAUUUUAGUAGUUUUAAUUUUUUGUGCAGAAUUAAACAUUUAACUAAUAAACAUUUUAAAUUCA